AAACCUGUCUCGUUUCAUCCCAAAAACAUUACUAAAAUAUUCGAAGUUCGUUUACACAACGAAGAAUCAUGGCAUCUGUUCCAAUCCAACCUCAUUUGAAUCAAUUAGUUCUAUCAGUGCUCGAAAAAUGCAGCCAUCUCAAUCAGCUCAAGCAGCUCCAAGGCUUUCUCAUUUCUCUCGGUCACUCACAAACCCAGUUCUACGCCUUCAAGCUCGUUCGCUUCUGUAACCUUACUCUUACUGAUUUAUGUUAUUCUCGCUUCAUUUUUGAUCAUCUAUCUUCCCCAAAUGUCUAUCUCUAUACUGCAAUGAUCACUGCUUAUGCCUCGGAGUCCGAUUCUAAAGCCGCGUUUCUUUUGUACCGUAAUAUGGUCCGCCGAGGAGAUCCUCUACCCAACCAUUUUAUUUAUCCCCAUGUACUGAAGUCGUGCCCUGAGCUUUUGGAGUCCAAUGGCACGAAAAUGGUUCAUACCCAGGUUCUGAAAUCUGGAUUUGGUGGAUACCCAGUUGUCCAAACGGCCAUUGUUGAUGCCUAUUCGAGAUUCCGUACGGAUAUUGGAAUUGCCCGACAGGUGUUCGACGAAAUGCUUGAGAGAAGUGUAGUGUCUUGGACGGCUAUGGUUUCGGGGUAUGCGAGGCUUGGGGACAUUGAUAAUGCAAUGGCUUUGUUUGAGAGUAUGCCUGAGAGGGAUAUCCCUGCUUGGAAUGCUCUUAUUGCUGGAUGUGCUCAAAAUGGAUUCUUCAGUGAAGCAAUUGGGUUGUUCAAAAGAAUGGUAUCAUUGGCUUUGGAGGGUAAUAAGGAGCGUGAAACCAAGCCGAAUAAGGUCACAGUUGCAUCUGCACUAUCCGCUUGUGGACAUACUGGUAUGCUUCAUCUUGGUAAGUGGAUUCAUGGUUAUGUUUUCAAAACUUAUCUUGGUCAAGAUUCAUUUAUCUCAAAUGCUCUGUUAGAUAUGUAUGGGAAAUGUGGCAAUUUGAAAGUUGCUAGGAGAGUUUUCGAUAUGAUUACUUUAAAAAGCUUGACAUCAUGGAAUUCCUUGAUAAAUUGUCUUGCACUCCAUGGUCAUAGUGGAAGUGCAAUUGAUUUGUUCCUAGAGUUAGUUCAAUGUGAGGAUGGCGUGAAGCCAGAUGGGGUUACUUUUGUGGGUGUGUUGAAUGCUUGUACUCAUGGAGGAUUAGUUGAAAAGGGUUACUCAUACUUCAAAAUGAUGAGGCAGGAUUACGACAUCGAGCCUCAGAUCGAACACUUUGGGUGCUUGAUCGACCUUCUGGGUCGUGCAGGGCGGUUUGAGGAAGCAAUGGAAGUUGUGAAGGGAAUGAAUAUUGAACCAGAUGAGGUUGUAUGGGGUUCUUUACUAAAUGGAUGCAAAAUCCAUGGCCGUCUAGAUUUAGCUGAAUACUCGGUUAAAAAGUUGAUCGAGAUGGAUCCAGAAAACGGCGGUUAUAGAAUUAUGCUAGCAAAUAUAUACGCCGAGCUUGAAAAUUGGGACGAGGUUCGUAGGGUUCGGAAACUUUUGAAGGAGCAAAAUGCUUACAAAAUACCAGGUUGCAGUUGGAUUGAGGUUGAUAAUCAGGUUUAUCAAUUCUAUUCUUUUGACAUGUCACAUCCCAAUGCAGAACAAAUAUACAAAACCUUAGAAAGUAUGAUCAUCUUUAUGUAAAAAGCAAGAGGAUAUUCAGCAUUCAUCAGGUGAGAAAGUCGAACCACGAGAGGAUCGGCAAGCUCUACCAAGCUCUUCUCCCCUUCCAUUGGCACCGUCUUCCAUUGACAACAGGUGCAAGACAGAGGGACGGUAGUUCGAGGCGAUUGAGCGAUAAGUUAGUAGGGAAGCUUUUUGGAGUUCUAUGAACAAAUCAAGGGCUAUGUGCUAGUUCUAUGGCGUUCAUGGGUGUAGAAGGAUAGCUAACCUAAAGGGUGGAGGUUCCCAUUUUGGGAAGAUUUUGUAUCAACACUUGUGAUGAGUUACAAAGAAGGUUACUGGCCAUAACCAUUGCCCCCAAGUAAGUUCAUUAUCAAUAAUCAUAGCUCGAGCUAUGCUUGUUAAAUUAUCGAUGAACUCAAAAGUUUAAGUUGAUGGGUUAUGAUAAAUUUAAUUAUAUCAAUA